AUGAAAAACAAAACUGUAAAUCGCGAGAAUAUUUCACGCAGAAAGAUAGUAACAAAUGGGGAGCACGUUUCUAAUGUAUUCUACGAAAUACCGCUAAACAUCUCAUCAACAAGUAGCCCAGCACGCGUAGAACCAAUGCAGUCGGUGCGAACGACACGAGGCAACCGGGUGCGACUGGAGUGCAAGGCAAGCGCACGGCCGCCCCCUCGCAUCUCAUGGUAUAAGGACGGGAAACCCGUCGCCGAUAUCGCGCUGAGGAGAUUCCGGGUGCAGAACUUCAGGAGGCGCUCGGUACUAGUGAUAAGGCAUGCGCGCAGUGAAGACUCCGCAUCGUACGAAUGCAGGGCACAGGGCGCUGUAGGCCCACCGGCCAUCGCCAGCGCUAACGUCAGCGUUCUACCUCCAGUCACAGCCGCGCCUGAUGACGCCACGACGCUGGGCUCGCCAUGUCCGAUGCCCGACCCGUCGUCAUACUGCCUCAAUGGAGGCACUUGUUUGUUCUUCGAAAUCGUUCAAGAACAAGCUUGCAAAUGUCCGGAAGGCUUCAACGGGCAGCGUUGCGAGAACAAGGAUAUAUCGAAUAGAAGCAGUAUGUCCCAUUCCUACACAUGUAAACUGGGCCUCUCGAUCACGUACUACUGUUAGCCAGCGAAGCGCAGGCGCAUAACCCACCUCGUUCCAAUUUUAAAUUUAAAAUUUUUAGCUCGCGACUUUCCGACGCACUCGGCUGGACUGAGAAAACUUUUACGUUUUACGAGACAGAUAUCUGCAUCUAUUUGUAGAUUUACAUAAUAUUUCUUAAAAUUAUCAAUGUUAUAUACGUUUUUAUAUGUUUUAUAAUUUAUACUAAUGGCAUCGCACUUAUAUAUUUGGUAUGCUACAAUUUGUUUUAUGACUACAGUUUUAUAGUUUUCACAGCCCUAAAGCCCAGUGAUUCCAUCGCGAACGUUUGUAGGAAAAAAUACGAGAAUAAUGAUUGCAAAUACGAACUGUCAUAAAUAUUGCGACAGUGUAUGCUGAAUACUUAGGAUUUAGUAGGCAGCCGUGCGUGGCAUUUGUAAAUAAUAAUUUAAACAAUCUGUUUUUAUGAACCUCGAGUCUGAAAAUUGAUUUGAAAUACUAACUUAUUCAUUUAUAUUUGUUAAUACCUAUAUCUAUCACUCUUAUGUACUUUAUUUGAAAUCAGUAUCAUUAUAACUGCACGGAGCUUUAAAUUAUCUACUAGUAUACACUACAGCCCGAUGAGAUUUUACACUUUUAAAUACAUAUUUCCAUUUAAGGGUAUGUACCUACCGACAAUUAUUUAUAUUAAUUACUUGUAUUAUUCAUAAUUGAACUGAUUUUUCGUAACAUUUCACAAGUUUCGUCUAUUUUUCUUUCGUGAUAGCAGAAAGUCUAUGGUAAGACUUGAAGAUUGUAUGUAUGUACUAUUGCAUAAAGUGCUACUUAACGUUUACUAGGAGCGAUGACUUUUGCAAUCCAUUAUUUCUUCUGUUAUUGAAGAUGUAAAUAUUUUAAACAUUAUUUGUAAUAUUUGCAAUUUAUUAUUGUUAUUAUUAACUGUAAGGUUUGAUAACUAGUAGUAUGUAAUAUUAUGAUAAAGAGACUUGCAACUUUUGUACAUAUCUAUUAGGGUAAGGGUUUUUUACAAAAAUACAAUCCUGGUUAAUAGCAUUGCGUACUUGUUAUGCGUUCGACUCUCUAAUUUAUGCGUAGGCACUCAUUUAUUAAUAGCUUAAUAUUCAAUAACAAAGGUAAAUAAUAAAAAUGAACAAUUUUACAGCUAUUACUCACUUACUUUAGGUACUUUAACAUUUGAAGCAAGUUUUCAUACAAUAGUUCUGUAGAAGGACUAUAUGGCAUAACAAGUACGGUCAAAAUCGUAGUCAAAAAGGCAAUUUCCAUAUUUUCACCGGUCCGUUACAUCACCUAGUCAGAUACCAGUUUUAACUAUAGCUAGGUAGUAAUAAAUAAAUUAAUUUAUAUAUAAUUUUACGAGUGUGUCUAAUUGGACGUAUGGUUGUGGAUAUAGCGAUAACAUUUUUUUUAUUUCUCUGUUUUUUUUCUAACUCGCUAUAUGGGACCGAAACUUGCACAAUAGUUUUCCAUUUUUAAUUGUUUUCGUUUUUCUUUUCAUUUUGUAUAAAGUUCUUAAUGAUCUAAGUUCACUAUUUAUAUUAUGUAAUUAAAGUAGAAAACCGACUAUUUAUUUUUAAUAAAAUUUUGAGGAUUUUUAGGGCAUUUAUACGUCUGAAAUGAUAUGGCGUCGUUCGAGAAAAUUCUGAACUCGUCGGUAUAUUUUAAUUUCCACAUUCACUUUGGUAACGCCGAGUACUUAAUGCUUUUCAUUUCAUUAAUGGUCUUAGAUACUAGAAAAUACGUCAGUAUUUCCUUUGAAUGACGUCAUUACAUUUUAACAUGAGUUUUUUGUAUUCUCACAACAAAUAUUAAGGCGCGAACAACAUGUAAUGUAAUGGAUAUACCAAAACCACAAUAAAAGAAUGAGUGUUGGAAUUAACAGAAAGGCGACAAUGUUCUGUUUUUUUAUUUUUUAUUUGCAAUCACCUAAAUCCUUUAAACCGCGACGGAAUGAACAUGGGAAUUAGAAAAUCUGAAAUGGUAUGUAUAUUCGAAAUUUAUUUUAUGUCGUGCACUCGUAUAACAAUCCGCACUCAUUUUCUAUGAAUGGAAAAAUGUAACGAAUAUUUUGGACCGUAUCUUCUCGGGUUGUUACAUUUUUUCAUUUAAAUAUCCUCACGGCCUACUAAUGCUUUUUAUGUACGUGGGUACUAAUCUACAGGGGUACAGCAUGCAGAAUGCAUGUUUCUUCAAACUUACUAUUUGUUGUGAGAUAACAAUAACUUGUAGGUAUAACACUGCAUGCGAAAAAAGUUAUUAUUAACAUUAUCAAUAACGCUCUUUUUUCUGCACGCAGGUAAAGGCGAACCACUGUGGUGAUGAACGUAACGAAAUGGUGCGACUGAAAUUAUAAAAUGGUUAUUUUGGCAUUUUUAUAUAAAAUAUUAAUAAGGGAAAAAAAGCAUUCCUGCAUAUAAAUGUCAUCGGAUACCUAGGUGAUAUUUUGCUAAUUGUUUAUAUAAUAAUAUUGCCGAUGGACAAUAACUAAAGACACGAUAUCCCACUGCCUAUUUAUUUUAAUAAGAUAUACCUACUGGUAAGAUAAAUCAAGUAAAAUCGUUGUAUCAGUUGCAACUGGCAUGAAAAAGACUAUGUUAGUGAAGUAUUUCAUGAUCUGCUUGUAUUUUUUAUUAAAUAUAAAAGAUAGAUUUGGAUAACUUCAUGCAACAAAAUUGGCAAGUCUGUGCUUAACGUCAGCAUAGGUACAGGCAUGUGCCUAUGUAAUAUUAUGUAUUGUGCUUUAGUUAAGCUUACUUUUGUACUACGUUUGGUACGAUAUCUAGUUUUAAGAAUAUCGUGGUGCUUGAAAAUGUGAAUUUAAAUAAAUUGAUUCCAAUAUAUGUUCCUAAAUUUUGAACGGUAGUAAUGCUUAGUUUUAUAAGGUUUUUUCUUUAUUCGAAAACGAGCUAGGGAAACUGAUAUGAUUACUGAUUUUGCUGAUAUGCAAGACGACUCAACAGCAAAAUCACAUAGCAACCCAGAGUCCGGUAAAAUUACCGAGUAACUUGCGGCAAUGACAAUAAAACUAAAGACUGUAGGCACAAAAGCUCAAUAAAAAUAGAUCUUAUGAUUUUCUGAACACAUAUAGGUAAU